GCCGAGGAAGCUAUAUAUCAGCUUUGUUCUAUAAUUUUUUUUUUGCAAAAGUCUGUGAGAUAAAAAAAGAAUGCUGCGAUUCGGUUCAACUUGACUCUAAGUUCUUCAAGUCCUUCCGCUGGCGGACAAAACAGAAGCUUUGUCAUCUGAAGAUUAAAGGUUCAUGAAGUGCCAGAAAUCUCCCCUAAGAAGCAAUACAACAUCCAAGAAGCUGGACAACUCCCACCAAACCCCAUGAUGGGACUCUUCAGUAUGCCGUGGGGCUUGACAGGAACCCUAUUGGCAACUACAUACCUCCAUUCCCUAUGUGUUUCUGCGAGCCCCUCCAUAAAUGUCGCAAUGAAAGCAUCGUUCUCCUCUGCGCCGUAUCUCCUGGAACUGCUUGAAACUGCUGGCAACGAGAAUGCAACCUCAUAUUUUCCUUUGCUCGAUCGAAUUGCGGAUGGGUAUUUUUCGAAAGCCUCAACAGACAAAGAACUAUUCGAGAAGUUCAUGCAGGUAUUAAGGGAGGAUGGACAUAUGCUAAGCCCAGAGACUUUGUCCUCUUGGCAGUUUGCAUUGUCUAUGCGGGCAUCGGCUCCUCGAAUCGAAGCACAUUAUCAAUAUUACCUUACAGCUGCGGAACCAUCUUUGAAGGCAGAACAAGAUACGUCAUGUCCUGUCUGGGUGCUCUUCAAUGGAAAGCAGUACUGCUCGCCAGCUCUAGACGCUCACGGAGAUAUCAGUGGAGAUUCGCAAGUUCAGGAGCUCCAGUUUGAUCGAGUCCUUGGAAACCCUUUAGCACCCGCCUCGAUUCUGUAUGCGGAUAUCACCUCUCCAACUUUUGGACAAUUUCACAAGACCCUGGUGAAGACUGCUCGCGAAGGCAAAACAUCUUACCGGGUUAGGCACAGAAAGUCUCCAUCUGCUGUGGAGAAGCCAUUGAUUAUCCCUGGAUAUGGCGUUGAACUUGCGCUCAAGCGAACUGAUUACAUUGUGAUCGAUGAUCGAGAGGAGGGCGAAAGCAAGCCAGGCAACCUAACUCCCGAGAAAGAGGUGAAGUUUGAGGAUGAGGAUGAAGAAUUUGCAGAUUUGAAACCCCUCUCUGCUUCGGAGCUGUUCUCCCUGGGCUUGAAAGCUUCAAGUUUUAUCCUGCAGAGCGAAAAUCCUUUGGAUUCGCUUGUAAAGCUUUCCCAGGACUUUCCCAAGUACUCAAGCGCCAUUGCAUCCCAUAAUGUCUCGAGCGACUUUGUUGCUGAGCACGAAUUCAACCGCGCCCAGUUAGUACCAGCCGGUGGCAACAUUAUUUGGAUGAAUGGCGUUCAACUGAUCGAAAGACAAAUUGAAGCCUUGGAUCUGCUCGAUACAUUCCGCAAGGAGAGGAAGCUAAUCAAUGGCGUGAGAGCUCUUGGAAUGACUGGGUCUCAAGCAAUCCAGCUAUUGUCUCACGAAGCCAUCGCUACCGUGAAGGCUGAAAAUGAACCUCAAAGAUUCGAUUGGAGAGAUGACAUUGAAGGAGGAAACGUGAUUAUUUGGAUGAAUGAUAUUGAGAAAGACAAACGAUACUCGCAGUGGCCUACAUCCCUGAAUGCUUUUCUCCAACGUGUCUACCCAGGCCAACUUCCCACUUGUCGGAGAGAUGCUUUUAACGUCAUUCUUCCUGUUGACUUCACUGAUCCUCAGGAUGUUUUGAUCGUAGCGGAUACCUUAUUGAGCUUCGUUAAGAGGAAGCUUGCGAUUCGCAUCGGGCUCGUACCCUUGACGACGAACCAACAUCAGGUGGAGCAUGCGAAGGUCGUAUAUCAUCUACUUGAGACAUACGGUAUUACGUCUGCCAUGUCUUAUCUCGAAGCUGCUUACACUAGAGAGAAGCUAACAGCACCUACUGCUGAAAGCUUCAAGACAGCAAUUGGGGAGCGCAAGGUUCGAACAGACAAGAAUAGUCUCACUCUUGAAGAGGUACUAAAGCCUGAGAGCUUCAAGGACCAAAUCGAAGGAUCACAGAAAUGGAUUCGACGAUUGGCCGCCGAUAGCAAAAUUCCACCUAUGUUCGUUGACGGAGUUGCGCUAUCUCGCGAUGAAAAUUGGCUCCAGUCUAUGAGCCAGAGAGUGACUACCGAUCUUCAAAUCUUGCAACAAGCCAUUUUCACCGACACCUUUAACGAAGACAGCUGGUUGCCUCUAUACUUCCUUGUGCAAGCAUCAGUUCGACGUAAUGCACUGAUUAUACCUGAGGACGAGAAGACUUUGAAGAUCUUCGACGUCAACAAGCUGAUUGGGGAUAACCAGGAUAUCUUGAAUAUUCUCCCCCGCAUCGAAGCCGAUACGUCUGCAGCGAAAGCUGACUGGGCUCACAUGAUUCUCAUUGCAGACCUGGAGUCAAAAGCGGGCGAAAAGCUACUUGCCACCGCAGCUGUCUUUCGCGAAGGCAAUCCGUCGGUUGAACUCACCAUCGUGCAUAACUCUGGCACGGAAGCAACGGAACCAGGUCUUAGCAAAGAUCUGUUUAGUCAUAUGUCCAACAAUGAAAACAAAGCCUUUUCACAUAUAAACGAUCUGACUGCUGUCUUGACGGCUGAUCUGGCGGUACCCGGUCAGCAGGUACAGGAUCAUGCUGUCGAGUACUGGCGCGGAGCCGAUUCUUUGAUCAAGACUCUCGAACUUGUCCCAGGUCAAAAUGCUAUCUUACUGAACGGACGUCUCGUCGGGCCGAUUCCAAGCGACUCGGAUUUCGACGAAGGCGACUUUGCCCAAUUACUGUCCUACGAAAGAGCCAAGCGCAUCACUCCAGUUCAUACAGCUCUAGAAGCACUUGGCCUGUCUGAUAAUGUCGAGAGUCCGCUCGCGGCAGCUAAGGUAUCAUCUCUCGUCGCCAUCUCAACCAUUUCUGAUACCCCAGACGGCAUCUUCGAGCAAGCAUCGACUCUGAGAAUGAGCCAAUUUGGUAUAUGGAAUUCUACUCAUACUUCUCUAGAGACCGGCGAUGCCUUGACAGCCAGCAUCCAUCUGACGGUGCUUCUUGACCCUGCAAGUCAGGCUGGACAGAAGUGGGUUCCAAUCCUCAAAGUUCUCUCGGAGCUUGAUGGUGUUUACAUGAAGCUCUUUUUGAACCCCAAGGAGCGCUUGCAAGAGCUGCCUGUGAAGCGCUUCUACAGAUAUGUCCUUGAUUCAAGGCCGACUUUUGAUGAUGCUGGUGCAUUACUUCCACUCGGCGCGUCGUUCAAGGGUGUUCCACAAGAGGCGCUUUUGAACCUUGGAAUGGACAUACCACCAGCGUGGCUUGUCGCUCCUAAAGUCUCCAUCUAUGAUUUGGAUAACAUCAAACUCAGCUCUAUCAAGACAGAUAUCGAAGCACUUUACGAGUUAGAGAACAUCCUUAUCGAAGGACAUUCUCGCGAAAUCCCCGGUGGUGCAGCCCCAAGAGGUGUCCAGCUCGCUCUGGGCACUGAGAGGGAUCCUCAUACGGCAGAUACCAUCAUCAUGUCCAACUUAGGUUACUUCCAGUUCAAAGCAAAUCCCGGCUACUACAAGAUUGAUCUGCUCGAGGGCAGAAGCGCCGAAAUCUUCAGUAUCGACAGUGUCGGGUCCAAGGGUUGGAGCCCAACGCCGGGCGACGAGAACACAGAAGUUGUCUUGAUGAGCUUCAAAGGCGCAACACUCUAUCCUCGAAUCUCCCGCAAGCCAGGCAUGGAAACCGAAGACGUUCUCGAGGCCAAGGCGGAAUCGAAAAUGGAUUUUGUCUCCCGUGGUCUCAACUUUGCCCAAGGCAUCCUUGGCAAAGGCAACAAGGGAGUUGAAAAGGAGGUCCAAGCAGACAUCAAUAUCUUUUCGGUCGCUAGCGGACAUCUCUACGAGCGUAUGCUUAACAUCAUGAUGGUUAGUGUCAUGAAACACACGAAGCACACCGUCAAAUUUUGGUUCAUCGAACAAUUCCUCUCACCCUCCUUCAAAGAUUUCAUCCCUUACUUAGCCGCCGAGUACGGCUUUAAAUACGAAAUGGUCACCUACAAAUGGCCUCACUGGCUUCGCGCACAAACGGAAAAGCAACGCGAGAUCUGGGGCUACAAGAUCCUCUUCCUAGACGUUCUCUUUCCCCUCUCCCUCGAUAAAGUAAUUUUCGUAGACGCAGACCAAAUUGUCCGCACCGACAUGAUCGAGCUCGUAAACCACGACCUCAAAGGCGCGCCAUAUGGCUUCACACCCAUGUGCGACAGCCGCACCGAGAUGGAAGGCUUCCGUUUCUGGAAGCAGGGCUACUGGGAGAAAUUCCUCCGUGGCUUGCCAUACCACAUCUCCGCCCUCUACGUCGUCGACUUGCACCGCUUCCGCCAAAUCGCCGCUGGUGAUCGCCUCCGUCAGCAAUACCACCAGCUGUCGGCCGAUCCAAAUAGUUUGUCCAACCUGGACCAAGAUCUCCCCAAUCACAUGCAGAGUAUUCUCCCCAUCCACAGUCUCCCUCAAGAGUGGCUGUGGUGCGAAACGUGGUGUAGUGACGAAGCGCUGAAAGAUGCGAAGACGAUCGACUUAUGUAAUAAUCCGCAGACGAAGGAGCCCAAGCUAGAUAGAGCGAGACGACAGGUGCCGGAGUGGACGGUGUAUGAUGAUGAGAUUGCCGCCGUGGACAGGAAGAGGAAGGGACUGCCGCCUGUCAGUGCGGCUACUGCUAUUACGGAGAAGAAUACCAAGAGUAGGACGCUCGAAGUUGAGAAGAGCAGUAGCACGUUAUCAAAGAAGGACGAGUUGUAGAAUUGAGAGAUGGACUUGAAUAGUCGUGUAGAUUAGAAU